AUGGAUCGAGAAUGGGGAUCGAAGCCCGGGAGCGGAGGCGCGGCGUCGGCGCAGAACGAAGCCAUCGACCGGCGAGAGCGUCUCCGGCGACUGGCUCUGGAGACGAUAGACCUGGCGAAGGACCCCUAUUUCAUGCGGAACCACCUCGGGAGCUACGAGUGUAAACUGUGUCUCACUCUCCACAACAACGAGGGCAACUACCUGGCCCACACUCAGGGCAAGCGCCACCAGACCAACUUGGCCAAACGUGCGGCUCGCGAGGCCAAGGACGCCCCCGCCCAGCCCCAACCCCACAAGCGCAAAGUCACCCUUCGCAAAACAGUUAAGAUUGGACGCCCUGGGUACCGUGUGACCAAGCAGUAUGACCCUGAGACCAAGCAAAGAUCUCUCCUGUUCCAGAUUGAAUAUCCUGAGAUUGAAGACCUCACCAAGCCGAGGCACCGGUUUAUGUCCUCCUACGAACAGAGGGUGCAACCCUUCGAUAAAAGGUAUCAGUACCUUCUGUUUGCGGCUGAACCGUAUGAAAUAGUUGCAUUCAAGGUGCCUAGCACAGAGAUUGAUAAGUCCACUCCAAAGUUUUUCUCGCACUGGGAUCCAGACUCAAAGAUGUUCACGUUGCAAUUAUAUUUUAAAACCAAGCCACCAGAGACAAACAAACCACAGCCUGCCUCUACAGCCAAUGGCACAGCAGCAUCUGGUGUUCCACCAAGGCCUUUGCCCCCACCACCCCAAGCUCCACUACCACCACCUCCACCUCCUCCACAAGGGCUACCUCCUGGUGCACCUAUGGCAAAUCCUCCUAGAGCUCCUCCACCUCCAAUGCCAGGAUCUAUGCCACCUCCUCCUCCUAUGGCAGCAACUAAUGGUCCUAGACCUGCUCCUUCUGGUGGAAUGCCAUCAGUCCCACCCCCACCCCCUAUUGCAAGUGGGGCAUCUGGUUUCAACAUGGGUACUAGACCUCCAUCGAUGCCUCCUCCACAAGGUUUUCCUGCUCAACCAAUGCAGAGUCAGGGUGUCCGUCUUCCUCCACCACCCCCUAACAUGGGACAGUAG